AUGGGCGCUGCGGGCGUGGCCGGCAGGGGCGCACCCGACUGGGCGCCGGCGGCCACAGCAGGGCGCCGGAGCAAGAGGAGGGGGUGCCAGUGGCCAGGGGCGGCCGGAGUCGGCGCGGCGAAGGCCAGCGGGCGCGGGACGCGGCUGGUGCGGCGCAUCUGCGGCGGCGCGGGCGGCACCGGAGCGGGGCACGGGAAGCGGCGGCCGGUGGCGGCCAACGGCGGGCGGGCCCGGCGCAGGGAGCUCGCACGGGAGCGGCCUGGGGGCGAGGGUGGCCACAGGCAGGCGCGGCAGUGCGCGCGCGUGCAGGCGGGAGAGACGGGGCGCGGCCGGUGCUUGGUCACGGGAGGCCAAGGCCGGCGCGGGCGGUGCACGACGGGGGGAUGGGGCUGCGGGAGCGCGAGCUCGCGCGCAGCCACGGGCGCGAGUGUCGUCAAAGAAGGUGUCAGUGCUCGAUCUGUUGCUGAAGGUGGUACUGAUGUGCGAGACAGCAGCGAUUGUGUCUGGUUUGCUAUGAUCAGCUUUCUAACUUGA